GGAGGGGCGAGUGGGGAGGGGGGGUCCCAGCUGGUUGCGGCAUUGGCGGCGUAGAGGAGGCGACCAUUGGUAUCGACCAGCAGAGAGAGACGAGGAGCGGUGGCGGUGACAGGUGGUGAUGACUUGGUGCAGGUGGUGAGCAUCUGGUGAGGAGCUGGUGAGGAGCUUCUGCUGCUGGUGGUGGUGAGGAGGAGCUGGUGAGGAUCUUCUGCUGGUGAGGAGGAGCUGGUGAGGAUCUGCUGGUGAGGAGGAGGAGGAGCUGGUGGUGGUGAGGAGCUGCUGCUGCUGCUGGUGGUGGUGAGGAGGAGCUGGUGAGGAUCUGCUGUUGAGGAUCUGGUGGUGUGGAGCUGCUGGUGAGGAGCUGCUGGGGAGGAUCUGGUGGUGAGGAUCUGCUGCUGCUGGUGGUGAGGAGGAGGAGCUGGUGGUGAGGAGCUGGUGAGGAGCUGCUGGUGAGGAUCUGCUGGUGAGGAGCUGCUGGUGAGGAGCUGCUGGGGAGGAGCUGCUGGUGAGGAGCUGCUGGUGAGGAGCUGCUGGGGAGGAUCUGGUGGUGAGGAUCUGCUGCUGCUGGUGGUGAGGAGGAGGGGUGACGAUGCCGCUGGUUCGUUCCUUCUCGGUGACGUCCCUGACGGGGCUGAGCGGCUGGCAGGACGAGGAUGUCCCGGACGACAGUCACGUGGUGCUGUUCGAGGUCGCCUGGGAGGUCGCCAACAAGGUGGGGGGCAUCUACACGGUGAUCCAGACCAAGGCGAAGGUGACGGCGGACGAGUGGGGUGAGAACUACGUGCUGCUGGGCCCCUACUACGAGCAGAACGUGCGCACACAGGUGGAGCUCAUGGAGCCCAGCAACCCGGCGCUCAAGCGCACCAUCAACUCCAUGAACGCCAAGGGGGUCAAGGUGUACUGUGGCCGCUGGCUGAUCGAGGGCAGCCCCCUGGUGGUGCUGUUCGACGUGGCGUCUGCCGCCUGGAGUCUGGACCGCUGGAAGUCGGAGCUGUGGGAGGCGUGCGGCAUCGGCGUGCCCUGGUUCGACCGCGAGUCCAACGACGCAGUCCUCUUCGGGUUCCUCACCGCCUGGUUCCUCGGCGAGUUCUACGCGCAGUGCGAGGAGAAGCCGUCCAUCGUGGCGCACUUCCACGAGUGGCUGGCGGGCGUGGGCCUCGUGCUGUGCCGCGUGCGCCACCUGCCCGUGGCCACCAUCUUCACCACCCACGCCACGCUGCUGGGGAGAUACCUGUGUGCCGGACACGUAGACUUCUACAACAACCUCGCCAAAUUCGACGUGGACAAGGAGGCUGGCGACCGCCAGAUCUACCACCGCUACUGCAUGGAGCGCGCCGCCAUGCACUGUGCACACACCUUCACCACCGUGUCGCAGAUCACGGGGGUCGAGGCACAGCACCUGCUCAAGAGGAAACCCGACAUCAUCACCCCCAACGGCCUCAACCUCAAGCGGUUCUCGGCCAUGCACGAGUUCCAGAAUCUGCACGCCCAGAGCAAAGCUCGCAUCAACGAGUUCAUCCGCGGACACUUCUACGGAGCUUACGCAAGCAUCUACAUCCUGGACCGCCGCUACCGCUCUGCGGACGAGUCGUGCAACCAGCUCACGUCCUUCCUCUACAGCUUCUCGCAGCAGACGCGGCGGCAGCGAAUCAUCCAGCGCAACCGCACCGAGCGUCUGUCCGACCUGCUCGACUGGAGAUACCUGGGCAAGUAUUAUUCCCACGCUCGACACAUGGCCCUGGCCAAGGCGUUUCCUGACAAGUUCAAGUACGAACUCUCUGAGUAUGAGGAGACGUCCGGCUUCCGCUACCCCCGCCCCGCGUCGGUGCCCCCGUCCCCGGCGGUGUCGCGCCCCUCCAGCCCGCGGGGCAGCAGCGCCGGCGGUUCGGACGACGGCGGCGGCGGCGGCAGCCCUGGGCCCUCAUUGUCGGCCAGGGGGAGCCGCUCCGGGGACGACGACGACGACGACGACGAAGACGGCCGCAGCGAGAGCGGCGUGGGCUGCGACAACGGGGAGUUCGCUCGCGACGACAACGACGUCGACGACGAGGAGGAGGAGGAGGGCGACUGCUACAGCGGCGGUGGCGGACGACGAGGUGGAGGUGGGAGAGGGCGAGGAGGAGGAGGUGGUGGAGCGGACGACGACGAAGAGCACUACGACGAGGAGCUGGAGGCGGAGAAGGAUCGACGCAACAUCCGCACGCCGCUGGGGUUCGGCCCCAUCAGAGCGACCGACUCGCUCGCUCAGUAGAGAGCGGCGGGGAGGGGUGGGGGGCAGGGGCGGAGAUGUCACCAUGACAACCGCCACCACCACCGCUGGAACCACCGCAGCCAUCACCGCAAGCACCACAACCACCACAACCACCGCCACAACCACCGCCAUCACCACAGCCACAUCCACUGCGACCACCACAACCAUCACAACCACAACCGCCACAACCACCGCCAUCACCGCAACUGCCACAACCACCGCCAUCACCACAGCCACAUCCACUGCAACCACCACAACCACCACUACCACCACCAACAUCACCACAAUAGUUAAAAUAGUUAUAAUGGCUACUGUAGUAGCGUUGCGAUGGCUAACGCGUGUGUGAGUGUGUGUGUAGUUAACGCGUCUGUUUGGUGUUGAAGUGACCGCAGUAAAGCAGAGUUAAAAUGCCAGCCGUGGCCGUGACGACAUUCUAACAUCUUAGGGUUUAAAAUGGCCACCGUUACCUAGCGACAAUCUACUGUCAUGGGGUUUAAAAUGGCCGCCGUUACCGUAGCGACAAUCUACUGUCAUGUGGUUUAAAAUGGCCACCGUUACCAUAGCGACUAUCUACUGUCAUGUGGUUUCAAAUGGUUACCGUAGCGACAUUCUACUGUUGUGGUGUUAAAAUGGCCGCCACUGUAGCAACAUUCUACUGUCAUGGGGUUUAAAAUGGCCGCCGUUACCGUAGUGACUACUGUCAUGGGGUUUAAAAUGGCCGCCGUUACCGUAGCAACAUUCUACUGUCAUGGGGUUUCAAAUAGCCACCGUUACCAUAGCGACUAUCUACUGUCAUGGGCUUUCAAAUGGUCGCCGUUACCAUAGUGCAGUCUACUGUCGUGGAGUAAUGAAUGGUUACCGUAGCGACAAUCUACUGGUGUGCAAUUUAAAAUGGCCGCUGUUACCAUGGCGAAAUUCUACCGUCUUGGGGUUUAAAAUGGCCGCCAUUACCAUAGCGACAAUCUACUCAUGGGGUUUCAAAUGGUUACUGUCGCGACAUUCUACCAUCUUUGAGUUUAAAAUGGCCGCCGUUACCGUAGCGACACACUGUCAUGGGGUUUACGUGGGAGUACAAAAAUGGGGCUGCUACUGUAGUAGGGGGGGGGGCGAAACAUCUCUCGCAUGCGCGUGUGCGUGUGUGCACACGUGAGUGGCGUGGCGGUUACCGCUGCGUCGCGCUCUGGACCAUGGUGACCCGGAUUCAAUUCCCGCACACGGCCACCACCGCCAAUGCCGGCCACGAUGAUUUUCUAAACCAGUACCUGGGAGGGCCUCCCCUGCCCCUCUCCCGGUCAACUCAGCCCCGUCAAACGAGUGAGUCGGUGCGGCGCUAUGCAGUAGUAUGGCCCCCGCUCAUCGCCAUGGCAAUGAGCGCCUUUGAGUGCGAGCACAAGAUGGAGACGUCGGACGUGUUUGCCUCGCAUCUGUGCGUCUGUCCGUGCGUCCAUCUGUGCGGUCGUGCAUCCGUCCGUGCAUACGUCUGUUCGUGCGUGCGUCCGUGCGGUCGCCCGUCCGUGCGUGCAUCCGUGUGCGGUCAUGCGUCCGUGCGUGUGUCCAUGCGGUCAUGCGUCCGUGCGUGCGUCCGUGCGUCCAUCCGUGCGUGCUAAGAUAAAAUAAAGUGGAGUGGGCGGCACGACUGAAACUCUCCACGUAAUUCAACAUCGCUCGUACCGUGACCGAAAUCCACCCAGAGAUGUUGACUACCUCGCCGUGUACGCAGGAGGUUUGUGGAUUUGAUCCUGACGCUGACGAUGCCUGCUGCUGUAUAUCUGGAGUUUGUGUGUUCUCUCUCUUUUUCCAUGUGGUCACGUGGAUUUUUUCUGCGGAUCCUCCGAUUUAUCCUUCCACAUUUAGAAUCGUGCGUUUAGAGUAUUUGGUUGCAAUAAAUUUCCACGUGAUGAUGAUGAUGCUGAUA